CAGUAUCGUUGUGACAACCAAUUCCCUACUUUUUCUCUUAGUGUCCAAAGGAUAUAUCCACAGACAUGUUUGCCCGUCUUCUCAGGCGCUUUGGGAGAGUUGAUGUUGAUAGAGAAGAGUCUAGAGUGAAGCAAAUGAAACCUAAAGAGGCCUGCAGACAGACGUCAUCCCCUGAAAAUAUCCUAAACAAGGUGCAGGCCAACGAGGAAGAGGAGAGGCUGAAAAGAGAACUGGAGCUAACUACCAAGGAGAGAAAUGAGCUGACAGAUCGCCUCCUUUAUGUGACAGGUGGAUCCAUGAGCAAGAGCCCCUACUUCAGGCCAAAUCCAUUUUAUGAAAACUUGAAGAUAAAGGAGAAAGAGGUCAUGUCAUUACUGCACAACUUAGACACCAAGAACAUUGAACAUCGUGAGAAAUUUCAGGAGCUCAAGAAGGAGAUUAACUUCUAUCGCAACCUGCAGAGCCGGCUCCUGAUGGACCAGGCAUGUAUGAAGAAGAAGUUGGUCACAUUGAAGCAGGAGAGCAAGGAGGUACAGCGAUAUUUGUUUGAGUUGAACCGGAAAGAUGAAGACGAACAGGAGAAGACCAGCAACCUCCAGACCCAGUAAAAUGUGGUCUCAGAAACUGCAGGAGACAUGGCAUAGGACGGAUCCCAGGAAGACAGUCCCCUGAGGAAUGAGUUUCUCUCUCAGGAGUUCCCUGUGACGACAAUCCUCACAGUCAAAGACUUUUUGGGGGAAUAUUCUUCUUCUCCGAUAAUUUCCUCAAUGUAUAGAAACCCUAAAUUUAUGUAUCCGUAUGCCAGCCUGUCUCAUUGACGUCUUUCUCCUCUCUCCUACCGACAACACCAUUUGAGAGACAACUGAGGGGACUGCCUUGACAUCUCACGUCCUAGAGGAGAAACAGCACUACAACUGUGUUUCUAAAUAUUCAUUAAGAAAAUGCUGUUAAGAAAUGUUUUUGGUUAUGAUUUUCAUUGAAGUUUUCUUUUUGGUAUUUCAUAGUUAUAUAUUCUUGUUACUGUUUUUCAUUUUUUAUACCAUUUUAGUUGUUCAUUUUAUGCCUGUUUUUUGUAAAUUGUAUUCCUUAUGAAUAAAAAUUGAUUUGUAACUCU